UUUUACCAUAAAACCCCCGCUGGGUCGUCAGAAAUCUCACGUCGGCCCCUGCCAGUCCCACAGACCACCAGAGUCCACCAAGCCCCGCUCCGGCGCUCCCCAAACUCAUCUCCCUCGCAAUGGCCGCGCCGCCUCUCCAGCCCGUGCCAACCCCCGCGGCCUCGAACGGGGACGCGUUCCGCUUGGGGUUCAUCGGCGCGGGCAACCUGGCCGAGAGCAUCGCCCGCGGCGUCGCGGCGUCGGGCGUCCUCCCGGCCUCCGCCAUCCGCACCGCGCCCCACCGCCGCCCCGAGCGCGGCGCGGCCUUCGCCUCCAUAGGCGCGUGCCUGCUCGACACCAACACCCAGGUUGUCGAUGAGAGCGAUGUGAUUGUCAUCUCCGUGAAGCCCCAGAUCGUAAAGCAGGUUCUACUUGAACUGAAGCCACUGCUGUCGGAUGAAAAACUUCUGGUGUCUAUUGCUGCCGGCAUCAAGAUGAAAGAUUUGCAGGUCAACAUGUUGUAUGCUAUGCUGGAAUACUAUAUCCUAAGGCCCUACACCGCUCUCUUUUCAUUUCAGGAUUGGUCUGGUCAGCGGAGAAUUAUUAGAGUAAUGCCCAACACCCCUUCAGCUGUAGGACAAGCUGCAUCAGUGAUGUGUUUGGGAGAGAUGGCUACUCAGAAAGAUGAAAAUCGUGUAAAAAGUUUAUUCAGUGCCAUCGGAAAAGUUUGGACAGCUGAAGAGAAAUAUUUUGAUGCUGUAACUGGCCUGAGUGGUAGUGGCCCGGCCUACAUUUUCUUAGCAAUAGAGGCCAUGGCUGAUGGUGGAGUCGCUGCUGGGCUUCCUCGGGACCUUGCUCUUGGUCUUGCAUCUCAAACGGUUCUUGGUGCUGCAACCAUGGUGAGCCAGACAGGAAAACAUCCGGGUCAACUGAAGGAUCAGGUCACUUCUCCAGCAGGGACUACUAUAGCUGGGGUUCAGGAGCUCGAGAAGGGUGCAUUCCGUGGAACGCUGAUCAGUGCUGUUGUUGCUGCCGCAAAGCGUUGCCGUGAGCUGUCCUAGAUUAGGUUGAAAUUCAUUUUGCCGGAUCUCAACGGUUGCAUUUUGUUGAUAUAUUCGCGUUGGACGGCUAGGUGUGAAUUGUUGGGAUAAUAAUUUCUUAGCAGCUUUAGAGCGGCCGAGGUGUAAUCGGUUAAACAUGUUUCGCAGAAUCAGGUGGCAUACAGUUAAUUAUCUGUUUCCUUGCUAAAAUACAAAGCCUGCCUUCAAUUUUAAAAACUA